CGACGUUGCAAGUUUCUGUCUUCUCGUGUCUGUCGGUCGCAACCCCGAGCUACGCGGCAUGAUGACGUAGAUAUUUUUAUGACGUUCCUUCUGUGCGCCAAUGAAACACUAUCAACACUAACACGCUUUUUCUAUGGUCGCCUCUGAUGCACUGAACCCAACCAUGGGGUAAUUUGUUAGACUAACAACAUGAAGUAAAGUUACAUUGCGGACAUUAUCGUUUUAAUGUGGGUAUCAUUGUUCAGUUGAAAACGUAAGUUAUCCAGAUGUCUGUCUCAAACAUGGGUGGCUUUGGAGGGAAGGACACACCUUUCAGAUUCACACCACAACGCAUACAUCUGGGCAAGGAUCACGAACUAUUUGAGGAUGGGGAUAUCCACAGACAUAUGUAUCUGCAGAACCUCUCCUCCUCAGAGACAGACGAACAGCCAAAGCACAGUGUGUCCGAGUUCGGCUGCCACAUCUCGGGCUGCUGCCAGCGGUUCCGCAGCGUGGAGGAGUACGAGCACCACUACAACUCGCUGCACCGUCACGUCUGCUCCGCCUGCCGCCGGUCCUUCCCCUCCGCCCGCCUCCUGGACGUCCACAUCGAGGAGUGGCACGACGCCAUGUUCGACAUCCUGUCCCAGAGCCAGGACAUGUACCAGUGUCUGGUGGAAGGCUGUGGACUGAAAUUCAGGACGAGUAAACAGAGGAAAGACCACCUGAUUCAAAUACACAAGUACCCCCCUGACUUCAGGUUCGACAAGACUAAACGGGAACACAGGAAAGAGCAGAAACCUCAGACGAGGCAGCAGGCCGGCGGUGCGGAGGUGAUGGAGGGCGUGUGUGAGGCCGUGCUGCCUGCCACUGACCCAGAGCAGCAUCAGGAGGAGGAGGAGGAGGAGGACAUGGAGACCGUGGAGCUCCAGGCCCCCUCGGGGCCCGGGGAGCAGGGGUCUCCCAGCGGGGGGACCCCUCAGCCGGACGCAGAGACUGUCAGCGACGGGCAGAGACCACGUUACUCGUACAGGGUCCCGGCCACUGUGUGCUUCGGGAAAGGCUCGGUGCGAGGGUUCAGAGGUCGAGGCAGGAGGAAGUGACUCACUGCAGUAAAAGUCCCCCGUUCCUAUAACGUUCGAUUUGAACCAUUGUAUAAUGACAUGACUUGCAAUUCAGCACAUCCUUAAAUAAACAAUUUUUCCAAUAA